GGUCCUCCGCUCGCAUCUCCUGUGGGCGGGUCUUCACUUCACACAAUGGCUGGGGAUCAACGCGUUGUAAUCAGUGCUCGCAUUAUUGGAGCCGUGCACAGGGACACUCCUAAACUCAAGAUGUUCAUGAUUUCUGUGUUGUGGUCGGACAACACUGAAGUGAUCAUUUACAGGUCCUUCCAGGAGUUCAGGAAAUGCCAUAGGCAGCUGAAGAAGAGAUUCUCUAUCAUGAACAUUUUCAAGAAAAAUAACAGAGUGAUCCCCAAAUUUAGAGGACAGGCCAGGAAGAGCAGCCAGAAGAAAGGAUCCAAGCGCUCCAUCCAACGCAUGAAGUUCCUGGAGAGCUACUGCGAGAAAGUUCUGAAGUGCGAUCAAAGUGUGACACGGACCCCAGAGGUGACUCAGUUCUUCAUGCCCAAAGAUCACGACCUGCAGCCAGACUUCACCAAGAACAGCAUCAUGAUCCUGAUGUCUGAUGAUCUGCCUGAUGGAGGAGGAGGAGGAGGAGGGGAGGAGGAGGAGGAGGAGGAGGAGGAGGAGGAGGAGGCAUUUGUCACCCAGACUUACUCCUGCGUGGCCGCCUACGAGACAAAAGAUACCAAGAAUCGUCCGUUUAAGGUCGCUAUGGGCGAGAAGCUGGACGUGCUGAUCAAAGAUCCUGCAGGUUGGUGGCUGGUUGAGAACGACUCAAAGAGUUUGGCUUGGUUUCCUGCUCCCUACCUGCAGUUAUUGGACGGAGAGGAUGAGGAAGACUCUGUAUUCCAGAAUGCAGGUGACCUGUACUGUGCCGUGAGGAGUUACACAACGAAGCAGCACGACGAGGUGUCUGUGCCCAUCGGCUCCGCGGUGGAGGUGCUGAGGAAGUCUCACGACGGCUGGUGGCUCGUAAGAUUCAAUGGCAAGGCAGGUUACAUCCCCUCCAUGAACCUUCAGCCCUAUAACAACACUCGGGCUGGCCUCUACAGCCUGCAGAGGAAGCUGCACAGCUCCACCCUGAACCUGGCCUCCAGCAGGGAGGCUCCGGCUUCACGUCGAUCCAGCGAUAACACCGGUCUGCGAAGUGAUUCUGCAAUUCAGUUCAGAGGGCAUCUCCACAAGGCCCGAUCCCUGGACGUCCUCUCUGAGACCCGGACGCAGAUGGAGAGGGAUGCAGAAGGAGCACGAAGCAUGAGCAACACGUGCACCGAUACCAGCGUCUCAGUCUUCAAAUCCAACUUGGCAGACAGAGGAAGUCCUUUGGCAUCGCCUCAGCAAAGCGACAGCAACAUUGAUCUCAGCCUCUUAGACCGGUGUGGCUCCUAUACCAGCGACGAGAGGUCUGAAUAUGCAAGCUCCAAUGUUUCUAGGAGAUCAUCAGUCGUUCCCCAGGUGCCUGCUCGACCCAAAACAGAGGAGAUCCUGACCCGCUGCUCCACCAUGACCCGAAAGGCAGCUCUGGCCAACAAGACCCGGCGCCACAGUCUGCCAGAGACCAUUCACCGCUGCUAGGGAGUCACAUUCCUUAGAUUUAUUCAGUGUGCAUGUAACAUGUUCAC